GUUGAAAAACCGCAUUGCUUAGAAAUCAACAUUCGUGCUUCAUAGUUCAACUACCGCUGUGAUUCGGUUUUGCCAAGUAGAGCACUCCGGCACAGAAGUAGAUAUAAGAGCAUCCUCGCAGUCCAGGUUAAGCUGCGUUACCUUGCACUGCUGAAACUCAUCUACGCUAUAACAUUGACUUCCCUCACUCUGCCCCUGACCAGCAAUGGCUGCAAGAAACAAAUACGUGAACAAGUUACAUGGCAAACACAUCGUCAUCUUCGGAGGGACAUCUGGCGUCGGCUUCUGUGUGGCUGAAGCAAGCAUCGAGCAUGGCGCCAACGUUACCGUCCUCUCCUCUGACCCGAGCAAGGUGGAUGCCGCCCAAGCACGCCUUCUGUCAUCCUAUCCGGAGGCAAAGAACCGAGUCCGUGGCUUAACACUUGACCUCGGGAUGCCAGACGUCGAGGAUCAAUUGGUGUCUAUGUUUGAGAAGGUCCAGCCAUUUGACCAUAUCAUCUUCACAGCCGGAAGUUUUAAGUUUGAUUCUGAAGAUUGGAUGCAACCUCAAGCCGACUUGGACCGAAUCCGAAACACUGCCAAUGUCCGCAUUAUCGCACCGUUCCUCAUCGCCAAGCAUGCUCCAAAGUAUAUGGCAAGCAACUCACCCGCCUGCUCCAUCACACUUACCAGUGGAGCAACAGCCGAAAGGCCCAUGGGACAGGGAAUGGCAAUUCAUACAAUGUACUCAACCGGCCUCUAUGGGCUCGCAAAGAACCUCUGCUUGGAUAUUGCGCCGGUCAGGGUUAACCUCGUCAGUCCUGGUCCGAUAGAUACUGAGCUGUGGGACACCAUUCCGGAGAAGGAGACGAUGUUCACCCAUCUAAAGGAGAAGCUACCCAUCAAAGAGAUUCCAACUCCGGAAAAUGUGGCGGAAGCUUAUAUAUAUUGUAUGAAGGAUCGUGGAUUGACGGGAGCAAUCAUAUCGACACAUGGUGGUGGAAUUCUCGUUUGA